AUGGCAUCUCUACCUUCCUGUUGGCGGGACGUCUCCACCUUAGACAGCUCACUCAACCGCACAAGUCCACGUCACGCAGAUCAAUCGUCUUACGAUCUCCAUUCUACCGAGUGUCACUCUCGCGUGAAGUGCAUUCUCCGAGAAUGCCACCGCACCAAUGAGAAAUUUGUUAACACAGACUUUGAUGCUGAAGAUCUGUCGGAGAAGAACUGCCUCCAGGGACUCAAGUACUGGUAUGACGAGAAACCUGCUGCUACGGUAGCAUCCGCGAUAAGCCCUCGAAGCUUGGGCUCCGCUCUGAAAACACUCAUCCAGGCCGAUGUUCUCAUGCAGAAUGCUGCACCAGUCGACUUUAUUGCAGAUGCAAAGCUCUUGACAAGAGCUAGUGCUGAUGAUGGUGACGAACCACGCCCGGGCUCUUUCCACCGCAUCGACUGGGUGGUUGAUAAACCCGAGUUUGGGAUUGACGGCUCCAAACUUCAGAUGUUAUCCAAGGGGGAAGUGGAGACUGCUGGUUUAUCGCCAUUGUGGCUACCAUCUGCAGCAAUCCAGAUUUGA